GUGUGCGCACGCUCCUAUAGGCCAGGGUGUGAGGCCGCGCGUGAGCCAAUGAGAGCGUCGGGCGGACAAUCGGGGCUCUGCCUAUAAAAGGGUGAGGCGGCGGCGCUGGCGUGCAGUUUCCUGUUUGUGAGAGUCCCUGUGUUUGCCAUCAUGUCUGGUCGCGGAAAGCAAGGCGGCAAGGCCCGCGCCAAGGCCAAGUCGCGCUCGUCCCGCGCCGGCCUGCAGUUCCCGGUGGGGCGCGUGCACCGGCUGCUGCGCAAGGGCAACUACGCGGAGCGCGUGGGCGCCGGCGCGCCCGUGUACAUGGCGGCCGUGCUGGAGUACCUGACGGCCGAGAUCCUGGAGCUGGCGGGCAACGCGGCCCGCGACAACAAGAAGACGCGCAUCAUCCCGCGCCACCUGCAGCUGGCCAUCCGCAACGACGAGGAGCUCAACAAGCUCCUGGGCAAAGUCACCAUCGCGCAGGGCGGCGUCCUGCCCAACAUCCAGGCGGUGCUGCUGCCCAAGAAGACCGAGAGCCACCACAAGGCGAAGGGCAAGUGAGGCCGCUGCUGGCGCCGGCCCGCGUCUCCGGGAGACGCCCGCGAACUCAAAGGCUCUUUUCAGAGCCACCCACUGGUUCAGAUUAAAGAGUUGUGUCACGGUA